UUAAAUCAGUGUCGCCAUCCAAGGCACUCGAGCCACGCAUCCAAGCUAACAAUCUCACCAAUGCCGGCAGAUUUAAAUUCCUUCUCCAGCCUUUUCCAUUCGAUGAAUAACCCACCAAUAACCUCGAUCCCAUCCACUAUUUGUCCCGUACAGCCAGCCGCUCUUGCCAAAUCCGCCUCGCGUGUGUGCUGCCGCGCGAGAAGCGUAGAUUCCGCCGCGGUGUCGCCUAGCAAGUCGCAUCAGUGUUGUGACUGAAGACACUUUAUUGGCCAGCUGUGGGUGGCUCAUCGCCUUGAUCGACCGCCAAUCCAGGCCAUCCGGGGAACCGGGAGUACCCGCCGGAUCAUCCUGCUUGCCACCAUGGUGUCCUCGGAGGAGAAACGCUCUUUGGUGAUAUGGCCGGAUUUCCAUUGCAGUGUGGUGAGCGCCAUUUCCGACCUGCGGACCCAGGACAGCUUCUUCGACGUGACCGUAUUCGCCCAAGAGCGAGGCUUUCCCGCUCACAAAUUGAUCUUGUCGGCGUGUUCGGGACUGUUCAAGAAGAUCUUCCAGACCGUGAGCAACAAGACCAUCCAAGUGGUCAAGUUCAAGGAUAUCCAGCCUUUGUACUUGCAGAGGGCCUUGGACUUUAUGUAUCAGGGUCAGAUCGAACUGACGGAGUCACAGCUGCCCACAUUUUUAGCCGUGGCCAAAAAACUGCAACUCAAGGGCUUGAGUCGCUUUCAUCAGACCACGGGUCGCUCGCCCCAACCCCCGAAACGGCCCAUAUCAGGCACCCCGUCGGGUUCGCCCCAAGUGUCCGGGUCGUCAUCGGCCAAGUCAGAAAUGGGAGGGGAGGUACCGGCUAAACGACGGAAGGUGAUCGUGGCUCCAGCCCCGCCCGAACCGCCCCCCACCCAUGAGUCUUUGGGGAUGGCCACGAUGGUGGCGGAAUCACCCUUAAUUUGGACGGCAGUGGACAUGCCGAUCAAGAUCGAGGGACCGGAAGCCGAUGUCAUUGAGACCAGUGUGAGUGCUUCCGUGGACGACGAUUCGGGUCUCGUGACCACGACCGUAAGUCUGACCGUGCCGCAUGCGAAUGAGCCCCCAGCUGAACCACCCUCGCUCAAGAUGGAAGUGACCCCUUUGAGCACGGAAGAGAAAGAAAAGGCGGAACGCACAGAGUAUUUCGAAUCCAUUUACCGCCAAGGAGCCGUGGUCGGACCCAAUGGAUUGAGUGGAUUUGAAUGCAAGUACUGCAAAAAGCUGUACAACUCUAGAUCGGCACUCCGCAACCAUUUCCAAGAAAUCCAUGCUGGAACUCAAAUACCCUGUGAAUACUGCGGUAAAAUGUAUCCUUCGCAGAAGCGCAUUCGAGGCCACCAAAAGAAAGACAAAUGUACCAUGUGAUCCUGACAACCCAACUCCUAGGUCUCGCCCACCACAAGUACAAAUACGUUAUCUAUUGAUGGGUUAAACCAUUUUGUACUUCAAUAAAGGGCUGAUUUCCGACAUCCUUAUAGCUAAAUGUAUCACCUCAUUCCUUAUGUUUCAUUUCAG